AUGUAUACCUAUGACUCUGACAAAACGCAAGAUGGAGAGGAGAACUUAAAAUGUUCACUAGAGAAACUAGCUAAGAAGAUUAUUCAAAACGCUGGAGACACUAAUGGGAAUAAUAGUACCCCAAAUUCAAAUGAUGACUUCGCUCAGGUAUUUGGGAGAGAGCGGCCUGGUCGUGUUCGUUGUGUUGGACUUGGUCCCACUCCUUCGUCAUUUAUUCAGAAUCGCACCACGACAACAUUGAGUAAGGAACAAGAAGUGCUUAGCUUGAAUAAUCGAGUUCGUGAGUUAGAAGAUAAAUUGGUGAAGAUGAGUGAUUUGGAAGACAAAGUGGAUAAGAUGAAUGAAGUCAUAUAUAUAUCAACCUGCCGCCGGCAACAACAAUUGCACUACAUGACUAGUACUAUGGAUAGAAGGAGAUGGCUUCAAGUAGAAGGCAAUGACUUCAAGUAG